AUGGGAGAUGCCGUGUUGCGGUACACGCCGCAGUUGCGGUACACGCCGCAGUUGCGGUACACGCCGCAGUUGUUGUACACGCCGCAGUUGCGGUACACGCCGCAGUUGCGGUACACGCCGCAGUUGCGGUACACGCCGCAGUUGCGGUACACGCCGCAGUUGCGUGGGGCUUCCCCGGCGGUGAUUCAUCGAGACUGUGCCCGACUGUGCCUGGCUGUGCCUGGCUGUGCCCGGCACUGUGCCCGGCGCUGUGCCUGGCUGUGCCCGGCUGUGCCCGACUGUGCCCGGCUGUGCCCGGCACUGUGCCCGGCACUGUGCCCGGCGCUGUGCCUGGCUGUGCCCGGCUGUGCCCGACUGUGCCUGGCUGUGCCUGGCUGUGCCCGGCUGUGCCCGGCUGUGCCCGGCUGUGCCCGGCUGUGCCCGGCACUGUGCCCGGCUGUGCCCGACUGUGCCUGGCUCUGUGCCCGGCACUGUGCCCGGCGCUGUGCCCGACUGUGCCUGGCUGUGCCUGGCUGUGCCCGGCUGUGCCCGGCACUGUGCCCGGCGCUGUGCCCGACUGUGCCUGGCUGUGCCCGGCUGUGCCCGGCACUGUGCCCGGCUGUGCCCGGCUGUGCCCGGCUGUGCCCGGCUGUGCCCGGCACUGUGCCCGGCACUGUGCCCGGCGCUGUGCCUGGCUGUGCCCGGCUGUGCCCGGCUGUGCCCGGCUGUGCCCGGCUGUGCCCGGCUGUGCCCGGCUGUGCCCGGCUGUGCCCGGCUGUGCCCGGCACUGUGCCCGGCACUGUGCCCGGCACUGUGCCCGGCACUGUGCCCGGCUGUGCCCGGCUGUGCCCGACUGUGCCCGGCUGUGCCCGGCACUGUGCCCGGCUGUGCCCGGCUGUGCCCGGCACUGUGCCCGGCUGUGCCCGACUGUGCCUGGCUGUGCCUGGCUCUGUGCCCGGCACUGUGCCCGGCGCUGUGCCCGACUGUGCCUGGCUGUGCCCGGCUGUGCCCGGCUGUGCCCGGCACUGUGCCCGGCUGUGCCCGACUGUGCCCGGCGCUGUGCCCGACUGUGCCUGGCUGUGCCUGGCUGUGCCCGGCUGUGCCCGACUGUGCCUGGCUGUGCCUGGCUGUGCCCGGCUGUGCCCGGCUGUGCCCGGCACUGUGCCCGGCUGUGCCCGGCUGUGCCCGGCACUGUGCCCGGCUGUGCCCGACUGUGCCUGGCUGUGCCCGGCUGUGCCCGACUGUGCCUGGCUGUGCCUGGCUGUGCCCGGCUGUGCCCGACUGUGCCCGGCUGUGCCUGGCUGUGCCCGGCUGUGCCCGGCUGUGCCCGGCACUGUGCCCGGCUGUGCCCGGCUGUGCCUGACACUGUGCCCGGCUGUGCCCGGCACUGUGCCCGGCACUGUGCCCACAGUGGCGACGAGCGGACCUGCUAGUUCCAACGAGAGACUGGUUGUUAUUGUUACCGAUUCCUACCUGUGA